UAGAAGAAGACGAAGCAGCUUCUCCCUCGACUAGCUGCCUGCUCGACGAAGUAAACAUGACGCUGUUGACAACUACGACGUUGUUAGCGCAGCUAAGUUAAAAGUAUCACACCGGAUGCAACAAAGGACGUUGUAAAUACUUUUCCACAAGUCUUGUGUGAAACUGUUGUUUGAGUUCUUGGAUCGGAACAAACACAUUUUUAACAAGCUGAGAAGUGGACAAUAUAAACUGCAAUGCCUCUGCUGUUUUUGGAGAGGUUUCCUUGGCCCAGCCUGCAGACCUACACGGCACUGAGUGUGGCUUUGCUUGCUGGCAGCAUCUUCAGUGCCUACACCACUGUGACAGACCCGGGGUUUGGGGCCUUGGAAACCGAGGAAACACCAGCUCCUACUGAUGUAGACCUUGAACACAUAAAUAAUGAAAUCAGUAACACAGAACUGGCAACCACAGUCUUGUGGUACCUUGUCACAGACAGUCUUUUUGUAUGGGUCUUAGUCAACACUUUCUGCUGCUCUUUGAUGCUCGUAGCUAAAAUGAUUCAAUAUGUGGUCUUUGGCCCACUGAGAGUCAGCGAGAAGCAGCAUUUAAAGGAUAAAUUCUGGAACUUCAUCUUCUACAAGUUUAUUUUCAUCUUUGGCGUGUUGAAUGUGCAGACUGUGGAGGAGGUGGUCAUGUGGUGUUUGUGGUUCUCUGCCCUGGUUUUUCUCCAUCUCAUGGUGCAACUCUGCAAAGACAGAUUUGAAUAUCUUUCUUUUUCUCCAUCCACCCCCAUGAACAGCCAUGUACGAGUGCUCUGCCUGCUUGUCUCGCUGCUGUUGGACUGCUGCGGCCUGGCUGUGGUCUGUGGUCUGCUGGGAGCUUCCCAUGGCAUGCACACUCUCUCAUUUAUGGCAGCAGAGUGUCUGCUGGUGACAGUACGCACCGGGCAUGUCAUCAUGCGAUACUCCAUUCAUCUUUGGGAUCUGAACCAUCCAGGCACCUGGGAGAGUAAGGGAACGUAUGUCUACUACACAGACUUCAUCAUGGAGCUGGCGAUGCUCUUCCUAGACCUUGUACACCAUAUCCAUAUGCUGCUUUUUGGCAACAUCUGGCUGUCCAUGGCAAGCUUGGUUAUUUUCAUGCAGCUACGGUAUCUCUUCCAUGAGGUUCAGCGCCGUGUACGCAGACACAAGAAUUACCUUCGUGUCAUCAACAACAUGGAGGCCAGAUUUGCUGUUGCUACCGCAGAGGAGCUGGCAGCUAAUGAUGAUGACUGUGCCAUCUGCUGGGAUUCUAUGCUGACAGCACGUAAACUACCCUGUGGCCAUCUUUUCCACAACUCUUGUUUGCGCUCAUGGCUGGAGCAGGACACAUCAUGUCCAACAUGUAGGAAAUCACUGAACAUUAAUGGAGACGGGGGCCAGGCGAGAGGCCAGCAGCAGGGUGUGGAAGACAAUGUUGGCCCAGUUGGAGCUGCAGCAGAUGCUAGACCACAUAUCAACCAACACAAUCACUUCUUCCACUUUGAUGGUGAGUCUAUAGGAGAAGGCUGCUUAUUGUGGUGUAAAGCUACAUCAUAUAGUGUAUGUGUAAGAGUAAUCAUAAAACAAUCUUUAACAGGGUCCCGCAUUGCAAGCUGGUUGCCCAGUUUCUCAGUGGAAGUGAUGCACACCACCAACAUCUUGGGUAUGGCACAAGCCAACAACUCCCAGCUAAUGGCCAUGGCCCAUCAGGUUCAGGAGAUGUUCCCUCAGGUGCCAUCCUACCUGGUAAUGCAGGACCUGCAGCUGACCCGCUCAGUGGAGGUCACCACUGAUAACAUCCUGGAGGGACGCAUCCAGGUGCCCUUCCCCACACAGGCAAUUGAACGGGCCCCUAUUCAGGUGAACCCUUCAGCGGAUGAGCAGGCAGGGCCCAGUGGAGCAGACCAGCAGGGCCUGGGCGAGCCAGACAACAUGGAGGUCAGAGGAGGUCGCUUCUCUAAAUCAGCUGAGGAGAGGCAGAAAAUGUUAAAGCAGAGAAAAGAGGAGAUGAUUCAGCAAGCACGCAGGAAAUAUCUGAAUAAGAGUCCAGAGGACCAGGAUGAGGAUUUGCCUCGACUGGAGGGGGACAUUGCUCCUGAAUUGGACAUGACUGUGCUGAGGCGUAGAACCAUGGCGGCAGCUGCAGAGAGACGCAUGCAAAAUCAACAAGAUCCAGCACCCUGAGACACAGCUGGGCUUCAGCAGGAGAAUCAUUAUCUCAAGAGGCGCUAACAGAGCUAUUUGCCCAACGCCCCUUCUUCCAUUUGGUGUACAGUCAGUGGUCAUCAGCACUAAAAAGAAAAUAUAAAAAAGCAUAGCAAACAUGGCCUUUGGACUGUUUUGGGCUGCCUAAAUUAAGUGGGACUACUGUGAAUGGCAUUGGUAGUGGAGUAUUUGGAGCAUUAUGUAAAUUGUUGGGGAAAAGUCAAGAAAUGCACGGUUGCGUUACCCUUUAUUCAUGUGCCACACAUUGCAACCACCAGCUUCAGUGGGGAGUUGAUAUCUGCCAUUAUUGGAAUUGGCUUAUAGAAAUGCAUGCUUUGCAUUCAGAAGAAUUUUUUAAGAGAGGGCUUUGAAGGUCUCAGUACUAGGUAAAGUUUUGGGGGUCUUUUUUUCCUUUUAUCAUGAUGUUGGGAAAGCUACAUAUUUUGGAUGAAGAAACUCAUAGGGUCUGUAUCUGUGUUAUUUUACAAGUUUCAACUGUGAAUUACAUGUAGACAAAUUAACAGGUUUUUAUGUCUUACUUUGGAGUAAGAGAAUGUCACUUUAGUAUUGUCCAGCCCUUCUGUCAAAUAUGAAUGUUUAUAUCAAAGUAAUGCUGCAAAACAAAGUGUUUUGGACCCUUAUGGGUUUUUCUGUAUUCAGUGUGUUAUAUCACCCAUUACAGUUUGCAUUUUGUUUUUUUAUAAGUGGGGACAUGUCAUACCAUGUUUUCUUAUUCUGCCCCCCUCUGAUGGAUAGGCAAAAGAGGAUGUAUUACAUUUUGUACAUGUACAGCAAGUGUCAUCCUCUCAGUCUGUCUUUAACAACCCUCUUUUACUUGUCGUUUUUGCUUGAAGAAGUAUUAUUUUCCACUUUGUUAAACAGUAUUUUAAGGAGCUCCUCGGCCUGUCUGAUAUUGACCCAUAAUGUUUGAGUUUUUGGGUUAUGUUGAAAUGUUAAGAGUACAGCAGCUAGAUUUGUGAUAAGGAAUUUGAAGAUGUGUUACUGUGAAUGUAAAACAUUUUCAAGGUACAAGAACAAACUUAGUUGCCUUCAGCUUAACAAUUCUAAAUAUCCAAGGCCUGAAAAACUGAAAGCCUUCCUUAUUAAGGAUUGAAGGUGCUUGAUUUGUCUGGCCUUUGUUUAUUAACAUUGAGGAUUGCUAAUUCAUAAUCAUACCAGUGAUGAGUGUAAUCAUCCUAUCCCCAAAGAUAUUCAAAUAAUUCAUGCAGUAUUCUCACAGACCCCAGACCCUUCAAACAAAUGUGGUGCUGUCAAAGUUCACUGCAUACGUAGCUGUUUGAGACAGAUCUCUGUAUACAAAAUAUGGAGACUGGAAUUUUUCUGUUCUAGGACAGUUAGGUUGAAAUGCGCAUGAAUCCUGUAGACAAAAGUGCUUUUGUUUCCUCCCACUGCCUCCCAAAGAGCAGCCCACAAACUUUCACUAAAAGCUGAAGUGUUGUGAUCUUUAUGUUUAUUUUAUUGCUCAAACUGUUUGGGGCUGUUGUAAGAAAAAAGGAUUUAGAUUUCAGAUUUCACUUUUUCAAAAUGCAUAAAAGAAAAUGGAUAUUUUGUUUUCCUUUUCUUUUUUCAGCUGUUAUUUAACAUGUUAUUAUCCAUGAUAUAAUUUUCACUCAUGGGAUCUCUUUCAUAACUAUUACUUAUUUAAUCAAAACUGAAAUACGUUUUUUCAAGUGAGCUUUCCUGUAUUUUGUGCCUAAAUCAAGAAUGGUUCAGUUAUGGAUAAUUUCUGUAAAUCUAGAUUUUGUAAAAUAUGUUAAUACAAAGACUUAAUAAACAGAGCUUCUACAGCUUUUUAACAAAAA